AUGAUGUCAAAUAACUUCAAGGGCUCGGCAUCCGCUAGAUUUGCCAAAAAAGGAAGAACUAAUUAUGCGGGAAGCUCAUCCAGUAAUAACUAUGCAUUGACAACGAAGCAGCUGAUGCAAGCGGCGAAGGUUGAUAGCAUUGAUGAAAUGAUGGGAUUCGAAAAGUACGUACCACCGCAGCAUAGCGGUAAAACAGACGCAGGUAAUCUUGAUCAGGUUGCGGGACGUGUGGGAUGGUUGACGAAUAUGCAUCCUACAGUUAUUUCACAGGAGUCGCUGACUGGUAAAGGAAAUGGAGAGUCCUCAGGUAUUGCAGGGGUAGAUUUUUAUUUUCUCGAUGAGGAAGGUGGAAGUUUUAAGUCAACUUUGAACUACGAUCCUUAUUUUUUUGUCAAAUGCAAUGACGAUUCACGAAUACAGGAGGUCGAAGAACUUCUCAAAAAAUACUUAGAGCCAUGUCUAAAGCAUUUAGAAGUUGUUGAAAAGGAGGAUUUAUCUCUGGAUAAUCACUUGAUUGGUCUAAAGAGAACGUUGAUAAAAUUGAGCUUCGUGAAUUCAAAUCAAUUGUUUGAGGCAAGAAAAUUACUGAAACCCAUUCUAUCGUAUAAUGAAAGUAAUAAAAGCGAACAACGAAUUUACAAAUCAAGUGUCCAAAACUCGAGCAAAAAUUCGGUACGGGACGUGAAAAGUCUUAUAGAAGACAUCAGAGAGUACGAUGUACCGUACCAUGUUCGUAUUUCGAUUGAUAAAAAUAUACGUGUUGGUAAAUGGUACAAAAUAACUUCGGAUGGAUUUUUUGAGUGUUCAGAAAAAGUGGCAUUUGCAGAUCCUGUGAUACUAGCAUUCGAUAUUGAAACAACCAAGGCUCCCUUGAAGUUUCCCGAUUCGGCCAUUGAUCAAAUUAUGAUGAUUUCCUAUAUGAUUGAUGGGGAUGGUUUCCUUAUUACCAAUAGAGAAAUAAUCUCGGAGGACAUUGAAGAUUUUGAAUACUCGCCAAAACCCGAAUAUCUGGGACAAUUUACAAUUUUUAACGAAGAAGACGAAGCAGCAUUAUUACAAAGAUUUUUUGAGCACAUUCGAGAUGUUAGACCGACAGUGAUGUCCACAUUCAAUGGUGAUUUUUUUGACUGGCCAUUUGUGGAGAAUAGAGCAAAAAUUCAUGGAUUGGACAUGUUUGAAGAGAUUGGGUUUGCCUCGGAUGCGGAUGGAGAAUACAAGUCAUCGUACUGCUCUCACAUGGAUUGUUUCCGCUGGGUCAAGCGUGAUUCUUACCUACCACAAGGCUCUCAAGGGUUGAAAGCAGUUACACAGGCUAAACUAGGCUACAAUCCAAUAGAGCUGGAUCCGGAAUUAAUGACACCCUACGCAUUUGAAAAACCACAACAGCUUUCAGAAUAUUCUGUUUCUGAUGCAGUUGCAACUUAUUACUUAUACAUGAAAUAUGUGCAUCCUUUUAUUUUUUCUCUUUGUACUAUUAUUCCUUUAAAUCCUGAUGAAGUGUUAAGAAAAGGUACGGGUACCUUAUGUGAAAUGCUUUUGAUGGUGCAAGCAUACAAUGGGAAUAUAAUGCUUCCAAACAAAUAUACUGAUCCAAUUGAGAGAUUCUAUGAUGGGCAUUUGUUAGAAUCAGAAACUUACGUUGGUGGUCAUGUCGAAUCUUUAGAAGCCGGUGUUUUUCGCAGCGAUAUAACCAAUGACUUUAACAUAGAUCCUACUGUAAUAGACGAGCUACUGCAAGAUCUUCCAAAUGCACUCAAGUUUUCGAUUGAAGUCGAAAACGAUACUGCCCUUGAGAAGGUUACCAACUUCGAAGAAGUCAAGAAAGAGAUUACAGAUAAACUACUAGAUUUGAAGCAUAACAAUAAAAGAAAUGAAUAUCCUCUCAUUUACCAUGUUGAUGUGGCCUCUAUGUAUCCAAAUAUCAUGACGACAAAUCGACUACAACCAGAUAGUAUGAAAUCUGAAAGAGAUUGUGCUAGUUGUGAUUUUAAUAGACCUGGUAAAUUAUGCGAUCGGAGACUAAAAUGGUCUUGGAGGGGUGAGUUUUUUCCAGCAAAAAUGGAUGAGUAUAACAUGGUAAAGAGAGCUCUACAAAAUGAAACAUUCCCCAAUAAAAACAAGUUUUCUAAGAAACAGUAUUUAAGCUUUGAUGAAUUAAGUUAUGCUGAUCAAGUUGCACAUAUAAAAAAACGUCUGACCGACUAUAGUAGAAAAGUUUAUCAUAGAGUAAAGGUCUCGGAAGUUGUUGAAAGAGAGUCGAUAGUAUGCCAGAGAGAAAAUCCAUUUUAUGCAGACACUGUUCGCUCUUUCAGAGAUAGGAGAUAUGAAUUCAAAGGUUUGGCGAAAGUGUGGAAACAGAAGCUAUCCAAAAAAGACAACUCCGAUAGACAUGGUAAAGAUGAAGCCAGAAAAAUGAUCGUUUUGUAUGAUUCUCUUCAACUGGCGCAUAAGGUUAUUUUAAAUUCGUUUUAUGGCUAUGUUAUGAGAAAGGGUUCUCGUUGGUAUUCGAUGGAGAUGGCGGGUAUCACUUGCUUAACAGGUGCGACCAUUAUUCAGAUGGCUCGUGCCCUUGUUGAAAGACUUGGAAGACCGUUAGAACUGGACACUGAUGGUAUCUGGUGUAUCAUUCCAAAAUCUUUCCCCGAAAACUUUACUUUCACAUUGGAGAACGGCAAAAAGCUAUUCUUAUCCUAUCCAUGCUCGAUGUUAAACUACAAAGUGCACGAAAAGUUCACCAAUACGCAAUAUCAACAAUUGGUGGAUCCGGUGAAGCAUAAGUACAAGACUAUACGUGAGAACUCUAUUUUCUUUGAGGUAGAUGGCCCUUAUAGAGCAAUGAUCUUACCAUCUUCAAAAGAAGAAGGAAAGGGUAUCAAAAAGCGGUAUGCGGUUUUUAACGAUGACGGAUCUCUAGCAGAGUUAAAGGGAUUCGAAUUAAAGAGACGUGGUGAACUUCAGUUGAUAAAAAACUUUCAAAGCGACUUGUUCAAGGUAUUUUUGGAAGGUGACACGCUUUCAAAUUGUUACUCAGCAGUUGCAAAUGUGGCGAAUAGAUGGUUAGACAUUCUCGAUACAAAGGGUUCUUUGCUGGAGGAUGAAGACCUGAUUGAACUAAUUUGCGAGAAUAGAAGCAUGUCUAAAACCUUGAAAGAGUAUGAAGGUCAAAAAUCCACUUCUAUUACGACGGCUAAACGUCUUGGUGAAUUCUUAGGUGAAGAAAUGGUGAAAGAUAAGGGACUGCAAUGUAAAUAUAUUAUCAGCAGCUUACCGCCUAAUGCGCCCGUUACAGAACGUGCAAUACCUGUCGCAAUAUUUUCCGCUGAGUUAGCUGUAAAAAAAUCAUUUUUAAGAAGAUGGACAAUGGAUAUGUCACUAGAAAACUUUGACCCUCGAGGUAUAAUAGAUUGGGGGUAUUAUAGAGAAAGAGUGGCUUCUGUAGUCCAAAAAAUUAUUACAAUUCCUGCCGCUUUGCAAAAUAUAUCAAAUCCUGUGCCGAGAGUUGAGCAUCCGAUGUGGCUCCAAAAACGUUUGGCGACCAAACAAGAUAAGUUCAAGCAAGUUUCCUUAAACAAAUUCUUCACUAAUACCCAAAGGCCUCCCUCUUCGGGGUCAAUCAAAGACAUUGAGGAUCUCUUUCAAGAAAAUGAAGGUGAUAGUGGCACAAUAGGUAGAAUCGCCAAAGUUUCGACACGAAAAGGAAGUAAGAAGCGGAAUAGAAGUAAUAUUGUCGAAGAAGAACCAUUGGUGCUGCCGUCACAUAAACCGUCGAUGGAAGAAGAUUAUGUGGCAUGGUUGCAAUAUCAAAAAAUAAAAUGGAAGAUCCAGUCAAGAGACAGAAUGCGCAGAAGCCAUUUAUUUGGCAAUGGAAGUUCCACAACAGGAAGUACCGCUCUAGGAAACAUGAUCAGAAAACAGGCAGAGUCAUAUGCUAAUUCUACUUGGGAAAUCUUGCAAUACAAAGCGUCAGCACAAUCUGACGUGGUAGAUGUAUUUGUUUCUAUAAAUGGGAAGAUACAGGUGCUGAAGUUCAAUAUACCUAAAACCGUGUUUGUGAAAUUCAAAGCCCCUCCACUUGGUAGCAUUGAUCAUUGUACCAUGGAGGCAUCAAGCUACUCUCUUCCCAAUAACUCUAAAUUGAAAGAUCUUUCAUCAAGCAAUUUAUACAAGUUGACGCUAACAGAACGUACCUUCCUCGAUGAGCUGGAAAAUCCAAACAGCAUUUUGAAUAGUGAUAAAGUAAUAGGAAUUUUCGAGAGUUCAAUACCUUCAAAUGAACGAGCAAUCAUGGAACUUGGAUCUUCUGUAACUUUUACAUCAAAAGCGAUGGGUGAUCUAGGAAAGGGACUAAGAGAUGGGUUUCAUAUGAAAAACCUUUCAAUGUCCGAGAGUCAAAGAUAUCUUAGCAGAUUUUCAAUCGCAUCAGCUUAUAUACUGCAUCUCGUUACCGACGUUGGUUAUGAGUUUUUAUGCAUCUUUAAGUCAUGGAGUCACUCCACGACUGUACUCUGCCUAAAACCUUCAUUUCAAGCUGCAGAACUCAGCUCCACAACUUUAUCUCAGACAUUCUCCGAAGUAUUCCAAAAAAAGAAGGAACAUUUAGCCAAAUACUCCAAGUUUGUUUCGUAUGCAGAAAAUAUGACUUUUGAUACACAUAGUUUCACCGAUAAACUUAAAUUUCAACGAAAAUUUUCUAGGGAGGUUCACAAAUUGAAGGACGACAAGGGGCUGCAGUUUUUAAUUCUGCUACAAUCUCCUUAUCAUUCAGACUUACUUGAUACUGCAAAAGUUUUGAGCCAGGUACCGGUUAUCCCAUGUGCAAUAAAUGAAACUAAAGUGCCACAACUGAAUUGGCAGGGAGCGGUGGGCAAAAAGAUGAUAAAUCAUAUUCUAUCUUGCAGCUCCUGGCUUUCUCAUUUGCUAAGCAUCUCACAAUUUAGCAACGUACCCAUUUGCAAUUUAAAGCUGGACAAUCUUGGAUAUGUGAUUGAUAUACUCUAUGCAAGACAGUUAAAGCAUGAGGGACAUGUAUUAUGGUGGGAUGAAAGCAUUCCGCUUCCGGAUCAUGGAGGAGUUCAAAGAGAUUUUGAUUUGAAUUUGUUUUCUCUUAUGGGAGAUAUGAGCUUUCCAGAACUCAACAAUUCUGGCGCUUACGAUCAUGUUGUUCUAGAAGUUGAAAUGGAAAACUUAACUGUAAAUACUGUUCUAGCAUCCGCACUGCUCAACACGGAAGAGGGCAGCGAAAUUUCAGAGGUUGAUAUACCACUUAAUUCAGAUGAUGGUACAAAAAAUUUCAAAUCUACUUUUAUUCAGGAUGCAUUCUCUGGCGGUUCUUUAGCUGUCCUGAGAAGCUUACUUAAGAGUUGGUGGGAUAGUGCAAUGAAAAACAAUUUGACGGCCGAUUUAUUGGUAAAUGCUUUUGUUAGCUGGGUACACAACUCAAAUUCUAAACUAUUUGAUCCCCUGUUGCGAUAUCACAUCCACAACUUGACAAAAAGGUCUUUAUUCCAGCUUAUUGCUGAAUUUCACAGUCUAGGUUCUACAGUGAUAUAUGCGUGCCGUAAUAAAUUGCUUAUCAAUACAAGCAAGCUAUCACCAGAAUUAUGUUACGCGUAUGGUCAAUACAUUACGAAAGCAGUAAGGACCAACCCUAUUUUCACUUAUAUAGAUCUCAGAAUAGAGAAAUAUUGGGACUUAUUGAUAUGGAUGGAUAAAUAUAACUUUAGUGGAUUAGCCUGCACUGAGAUUCACGAUAAAGAAAUUCAAGAUAUUAGAGCUUUCUCACAGUGGCACAUCAGAGAGUUUUUACCUGUGAUAUAUCAACCUGAAUUUGAUGACUGGAUGAUGAUUAUUCUAGACAGUAUGAUGAAAGCCAAAAAAGAGUAUAUGUCCGCGGUAGAUGGAACUCAGAGAAUCACACAAAUUGUGAGUAAAAAAAGUGAUGAUAGCAAUACUAAAGAAGCUAGUGCCUUGGCAACAUUUACUCACAUAUUUGCUAAACCUUUGAUCAAGAGAGUUCGAAAGUUGUAUCGAAAUCAGCAAGAGUUCAUUCUUGAUCCUAAAUAUGCAGCUGAUUAUUCAUUUCCAAGUUUGCCUGGGUCUCAUCUGGUCUUGAACAAUCCUUUGUUAGAACUUGUGAAAUUCCUAUGUCAAGUAAUGCUGUUUUCACAGAAAACGGUUAUCGAAGUGAGAGAACUUAGGAAACAGCUUUUGAAUAUAUUUGAAAUACGUGAAUUUGACGCAAUCUCUGAAUUCAAAGACCCGAGUACAGCUUUAGUAGUUAGUGGUUUCCAAUGUGAGAACUGUUCCUCCCUCAAUGACAUCGAUUUGUGCAAUGAGGAUCCAUCUACGGUUUUCAAGUGUAACAAGUGCCACAGAGACUUCAACCUAACGCUACUUCAAGAUCAUUUAAUAAGAAUGUUUUAUGCUGAGCGUGAAGCUUACUUGAUUCAAGAUAUACGUUGUUCACGUUGUAAAAAGGUCAAAACAGAUAAUAUGAGUAAAUAUUGCGCAUGCUCCGGCUCAUGGAAGGCAGAUGUAUCUCUAGAAUCGGUCAUGAGUAGGGUGUCUGUAUACCUCAGAGUUGCUAAAUUUUACCAAUUUGAGUUAUUGAAAAGCUGCAUAUCUUCUUUGCGUAUAUAG